AUGCCGGAGACCUCAAAAAUGAAUGGAUACUCAAAAACAAACGGACAUAGUUAUGACAUGGAAGAAGGAUCAGUAUUUUUGUUCACAUCAGAAUCCGUCGGCGAGGGCCAUCCAGAUAAAAUGUGCGAUCAAAUUAGUGAUGCUAUCUUAGAUGCACAUUUGAGGCAAGAUCCUGACGCUAAAGUGGCAUGCGAAACCGUAACGAAAACCGGGAUGGUGUUAUUGUGCGGUGAAAUCACUUCCAAAGCCAAUGUUGACUACCAGAAGGUUGUGAGAGAGACAGUGAAGCACAUUGGUUAUGAUGACUCCUCUAAAGGUUUUGAUUGGCGUACACUAAAUUUAUUAGUGGCUAUUGAAGAGCAAAGUCCAAACAUAGCUGGUGGAGUCUAUCAACAAAGAGAGGAAUUAGAUAUUGGGGCCGGAGACCAGGGCUUAAUGUUUGGAUAUGCCACAGACGAAACAGAAGAAUGCAUGCCUCUCACAGUAGUACUUGCACACAGACUUAACCAAAAGAUCGCAGAACUGCGGCGAAACGGUGAAUUCUGGUGGGCUCGUCCAGACUCUAAGACUCAGGUAACAUGCGAGUACGUGUUCGCUGGAGGCGCCACCGUGCCACAGAGAGUUCACACCCUUGUCGUCUCCCUGCAACACUCCGAAAAGAUUACAUUGGAGACCCUGCGUGAAGAGAUCAGAGAGAAGGUCAUUAAGGAAGUAAUCCCUGCCCACUACCUUGAUGAGAGGACUGUGAUUCACAUCAACCCUUGCGGUUUGUUCAUCAUUGGAGGACCCCAGUCGGACGCGGGUCUGACGGGACGUAAGAUCAUCGUGGACACGUACGGAGGCUGGGGCGCUCACGGAGGCGGCGCCUUCUCAGGCAAAGACUUUACCAAGGUGGACCGCUCCGCUGCCUAUGCUGCGCGUUGGGUUGCUAAGUCGCUCGUCAAAGCUGGUCUCUGCCGCCGUUGCAUGGUGCAGGUUGCCUAUGCCAUCGGCGUGGCUGAGCCGCUGUCUAUCACGGUGUUCGACUAUGGCACCUCGCACAAGACCCAACAGCAACUACUUGCUAUUGUACAAAAGAACUUUGACCUGCGACCGGGCAAGAUUGUCAAGGAAUUGAACCUCAGGGCACCAAUAUAUCAGAAAACCAGUACUUAUGGCCACUUUGGACGAGAAGGCUUUCCAUGGGAGAAUCCCAAACCAUUGGUUGUAGAAUGA